AUGCCUGGAGACAUGGAUGAUUUAUUGGAAGAUUUAGAAGACUCAGCCUAUAAAGCAUCAGAAAUUUUAAAGCAAGUCUUAUUUGUAAAGCCUCAAGCUCAGCCUAUUAAACUUGGUGAGAAAAAUCUUUGCAAGGAUAUUCAGCUGGAAAAUUACAUGAAGCAUGAAGGAAUUGAAGCAGACUUAGCAGUAUUUUUCUCUUUAAGCAGCGAUUUCAUACAAAAUUCUACCAGCUUUAAUGUCUGUGAGGUCUCCAAUGAUAACCAGCUAAAAAGCAUUGAAAUUAAGGUUGAGCAAAAAAUAUACAAAGCACUCAAUGAAGACAAAAAAGUUAGUUUGCUAAAUAAAGCGAUCAUUAGUGCCAUUUUUAAUAAUGAAAGCGAGAAUUAUGCCAAAGAGAUAGAAGAAAGCUUAGAUAGUCUGGAAUAUCAGCCACUUUUUUCUGUUUGCGCAUCGAAUUGCGCUAGUUGCACGACAAUGGGUCUUUGCAAAACAUGUUCUGAUUCUGUUCAUAUGUCAAGCGCGCCAACUUGUGCCUGCCCAAAUAAUGCGGUUUUACGUAGCAGCAAUUGCGUUUGCAAGUCAGGCUACUAUUUUAGCUCAAAUACUGUCUGCUCAGCAUGCUCCAUGCAAUGCGAAACAUGUUCUGUAUCUAGUACAAACUGUAAGACUUGCAUUGAUAAUCUCCAUAUGAACGCUGCACCAAAAUGCCGCUGCCCUGCAAACUCAGCUAUAAUUCAAGGUAAGUGUGCUUGCAAUGCUGGAUAUUUUUUCAGUAGCCUCACUGUCUGUUCUGCAUGCAUGUCAAAUUGCAUGAAUUGCGUCGCAGGUGCAUAUAAUUGUGUGGCAUGCUCUGAUCCAACUCAUAUGUCAGCUGCUCCAACAUGCGCAUGCCCAGAACACUCCACUCUUAUUGGGGGGCUUUGUGUUUGCAACAAGGGAUACUACUUUAGCUCAAAUACUGUAUGUUCUUCAUGCGAACCUCAUUGUGCUACUUUGGGGGGUGGAUUUUUAGGAACAGAUAAUAGUAAAUAG